GUACCCAUCUUCUUUUUGUUUGGAUUUUUUGCAAUUAUUGGCACCGAGGGCUCCACAAUUCUCUGGUCAUGUUUCGUCUUGCAAGUUGCCAGGGUCGGUGAGAGAUGUCAAUUAUUCUUUGGAGUAGGACCCCCCUUCCUACCGUGAGUCUGUGACCCCAAGUCCAAUGACAAGAAAUGGUUGAAUUUUCUAACGUGUGAACCCAGACAACAGAAACCGGAAUACGAAAAAGCAGAUAAGAAAAUGACAAAAGAUGUCAGUAGGAUGCUUCCCCUAUGGCAUUGACCGAGUGAGGAAGACUUUGUUAGAACUUAGAUCAGAUACAUAGAUGAUUCUUUGAGUUUCUUACUGCAGAAAUUAAACACUCUUUCAGCAACCAAAGAUAUAGCUUUUUUUCUCCCUUCAACUUUCAAACUUAAAACACCAUUUGUGAGAAACCAAAUUAUGGAUGCAGGAGUGGUGGGUGGAGCUUUCCUCUCUGCUACCCUUCAAGUGCUGUUUGAUAGGAUGGCUUCAGAGGAGUUCGUUGACUUCGUCCGGGGAAAGAGACUCGAUCACAGGCUGCUAGAGAAAUUGAAGAGGAAGAUGUCAUCAGCUAAGGCAGUUCUUAAUGAUGCAGAGGAGAAGCAAAUUGGGAAUUCGGAUGUGAAGAAGUGGCUUGAUGACCUCAAUGAAGCAAUCUAUGAAGCAGAGGACUUGGUGGCACAGAUCAACGCUGAAAUUUUGCGAUACAAAUUGAAGGAUGAAUCUACUGGAAGCAGCUCAAAAAAGGUACUGAACUUCAUCACAGCUAAGUUCUCUUCAUUCAACAGAAAUGUAGAAAAGAAAAUAGCGGGGAUACUUGAGAAACUAAAUGAUAUUUUAGAACAAAAAGAAUCUCUUGGUUUGAGAGAAGCUGCAGGAUGUAGACCUUCAGGAAGAUUACCUGCAACUUCUUUGGUAGAAGCAUCUGGUGUUUUCGGCAGGGAUGGCGAAAAAGAAGCCAUUGUUAACUCAUUGCUGAGGAGUGAUGAUAUUGGCAACAACAUAUCUGUCAUUCCGAUAGUAGGCAUGGCUGGGAUUGGCAAGACCACCCUUGCUCAACUGAUUUUCAACGACAUAAGGGUGAAGGAACGUUUUGAUUUCAGAGAAUGGGUUUCUGUAUCACAUCAAUUUGAUGUUCUCAGAAUGACAAAAGAAAUUUUGCUGACAAUUUCUGGUCUGGCAUAUACAAGCGAGGACCUGAAUCUACAUCAAGUUAAACUGGAGGAGGCUCUGAAGGGUAAAAGGUUUCUGAUUGUUCUAGACGAUGUCUGGAACGACAAUGAUUUUCUAUGGGAUGAGUUCAAGAAACCUUUCAUGUCUGGAGCGCAUGGAAGUUCAAUUAUCGUGACAACACGCAGUAAUCAUGUUGCAUCAGUAAUGCGUAACGUUUCAUCUUAUUGUUUGAAAACAAUGUCUAAGGAGGAUAGUUGGGAAUUAUUUGUAAAGCAUGCCUUCAACAAUGCAAAUCCAUAUGACCAUCCAAAGCUUGAAGAAAUUGGUAGACAAAUUGUCCAAAAGUGCAACGGUCUUCCUUUAGCUGUUAAAUCGCUUGGAAUCCUGUUGAGUCAUCAAUCAAAACUGGAAGAAUGGGAGAACAUACUAAACAGCGACAUGUGGGAGUUGGAGAAUAACAAUAUUCUUCCAGCUCUAUGGUUGAGUUAUCAUUACCUACCUUCACAUCUUAAGCGCUGUUUUGCUUAUUGCUCAAUAUUCCCCAAGGAAUAUGAAAUUAAUAAAGAAGAUUUAAUCAAGUUAUGGAUGGCAGAAGAUCUUUUGCCACACAAAAAUAACAAGAGGAUAGAAGAAGUUGGAGAAGAGUAUGUAAACAACCUUUUAUCAAGAUCCUUAUUUCAGCAGCCAAUAAGUUUGGAUGAUUCAAGUAAUUUUACCAUGCACGAGCUCAUGAAUGAUUUAGCUACAUUCAUAACGAGCGAAUUUUGUUUGAGGUUGGAUGAUAGGUUCAACGCAAAUAAACUUCCCAGCAAGAUUCGUCAUGCAUCACAUGUGAAAGCAUGUGCCUACGACUUGGAGAAGCAUAAUGCUUUGUUAAGAUCCUUGCAUCUGCGAACCUUCUUGUCAUCACAGCAUUUUGGCAACAUACAAUUGCAGAACUUGGUAGUAGCAAACUGGCUGCCAACAUUAACAUGUCUAAGAGCGCUUUCAUUGUCAGGAUAUUCUAUCACAGAGUUGCCUGCCUCCAUAGGGAAGUUAAAGCUUCUAAGGUACUUGGAUUUAUCCAACACUAAAAUCAAAGAGUUGCCUACUGCAAUCUGUACUCUCUACAAUCUGCAUACUCUGCUUUUGAAAGAAUGUGAAGAUCUCAAGUUGUUGCCAACUGACAUUGGAAAGCUCAUCAACUUGCGUCAUCUGGACAUUACGUUCACAGGUAUAGAAGAGAUGCCAUCAGAAAUUGGUAACUUAAAAGAUUUGCAAACAUUAACUGACUUUGUUUUGAGCAAAGACAGUGGGUCUACCAUCAAAUCAUUAGGAGGUCUUCAACAAUUGCAUGGAAGCCUUCGCAUUGCAGGACUUAAAAAUGUUGUUGACGUUGAGGAUGUCUUGGCGGCGAACUUGAAGAUUAAGAAGUACCUUACUGAAUUACGGUUGCUGUGGGGCUAUGAUGAUGAUGCUGAUAUUGAUUGCAACCCCCAAAAGGAUACAGAGAUUCUCAGUGGACUGCGACCUCAUGGAAAUAUCAAGGCACUACAAAUCACAUAUUAUAGAGGUGAGCGAUUUCCCGAAUGGGUGGCAGAUCUUUCAUUCUAUAAUAUAGAGAAGAUACAGCUAUAUGGAUGUAAGAAAUGUCACCACCUUCUGCCAUUUGGGCAACUCCCAUUUCUCAAACAACUUGAAAUUAUGGGAUUUGAUGAACUGGUGAGAGUAGGCGAUGAGUUUUAUUACAGUGAUUGUUCAGUGACUGGUGAGCCAUUUAAAUGCCUAGAACUCUUAAGUUUUAGGUAUUUGCCGGAGUGGCAGGAGUGGUCAUUCAUCAGAGGGCACGUUAGAGGGACUUUUCCUCAACUGAAGGAGCUUGUUUUGGUAGAUUGUCCAAAAUUAACUGGACGCAUAAGUCUACCCAGUACCAUGGAAUCUGUCCACAUUAGCGGAUGUGACAAGUUCGAGUACUUUAGAAAUAUAAGAGCUGAUAUAUAAAUGUAUGUGUCCAUAUAUAUAUUGUACAUAUAUAUAGUAGAGUGCAAUAAUCUGUUUGCAAUACAUGCUGUAAGUAUGGAGCUGGGUUUUGUUGGAUUUGAUUCUGGAGGAGUGCUUGCCAAUCUCUCAUUCAAUACCACUUGGAAUCUCGUCAUCAUCUUCAUUAUGCCAAUUUGUUACUGCAUCCUGUGAGCUCUACUCAAAUAUUGUAGCAUUGGCAUGGAAUAUGUGUCAUGUUCUCUUACUUCAAUAUCCUUCAGGAUCUUAUGGUUUCCAUCAAGACUUUGAUACCGGCUCUCUACUUGAUCUUUUGCAUCGGAUCCAGUUCAGUGUGGUUGAAACAUCUUGGUUUUCUGUGUGAUUUAUGAACUUUAUAAAUAUUUUCAAUUUACUGGAUAACUUUAUUAUGCCAGACAAAUUUCACUUGAUGUAAGUUUCUUGGGAUGCAUAUGAAUGGAUUUUUGUUAUUAUAUUUUA